AUAUGUGAUUGAUGAGAGAAAUUUUGCGAGAGAGCACAGCUCCCAGAUGAUACACCACAGAGAUCCUGAGCUUCUCUCGUUGUCUUUCUCUCUUACCUUCUCUCUCUCUCUCUUCUUAGAAAGUUUUCCCUGCACUUUUUUUUUCCAGUGACCGCGAGUGAUUUUACACCUUGCUCCGGGCCAUAUAGUAGCAAUUUUCGCGAUUAUCGCGACCGGGGAGACACGUAAACAAUUUAGACGAGCGUAAAUUUCGCAGAUACUCAUUUUAGCAGCUAGAAUGGCUCGUGGACAACAAAAGAUACAGUCUCAAGCUAAGGCGGCAGAAAAAAGUGCGAAACUAAAGAAACAGCAAGGACACAGUGCCAAUGAUCAAAAAAAGGCAGCGCAGAAAGCACUUGUGCAUGUGUGUAGUGUAUGCAAGGCCCAAAUGCCAGAUCCUAAGACUUACAAACAACACUUUGAAAAUAAACAUCCUAAGAACGAGCUGCCAGAUGAUUUGAAAAAUAUAUGAGAGUACGAAUUGUUAUGAAGUGAGGAUUGGGUGAGAGCGCAGGAAAAAUUUGCUGCAUCUGACAAAGUGAUAUAGUUCAACAUCUUCAUCUGAUCAUUGCAUAGUUUCAGAAAAUGAAUUAAAUCUUGUUAGUGUUUUAACUGAUCUAUUGCACUCGACAGAUUGUUGUGCACGACUCCAAAUAUUAAGCAUAAUUAAUGAUUUACUUAUAGAAAUUCUUCAUUUGUAAACUUUAACAUUUUUCACGCACGUCAUAUAAUCAAUACUUUUCAUAUAAACGUUACAUUUGAAGAGAUUCUGUGUAUAUUUCUAAAUAAAGUUCAUAAAUUUAACGGCAAAAUUUUGAAGCAUUUAAGCACAUAAGAAAAAACGCAAUACCGUCGAUUUCCUAUUUCUGUUACAAAGGAAGAUGAUAACAAGGAUAAUAUAAAUGACUAAAUAGAAU